AUGGCCGACCAUCACGAUGACGAGCUCGCCGCCACCAAGACGGAAGGCUUCAAGGUCGGAGAGAAGAAGACACUAGAGGAAUAUCAGAAGCUUGAUGCGGAUGACGAAGCGCUCAACCGAUGGAAGGCGUCUCUGGGUCUGAACACCGGCAACACAAUUGCAGACCCUAACGAUCCCAGAAAAUGCAUCAUCAAAUCCCUGGCCCUCGAGACUGAAGGACGCCCUGAUAUUGUUGUCGACCUUACGGGACCCGGUGCCCUCGACACGCUGAAGGACAAGCCCUUCACGAUCAAGGAGGGUGCCAAGUUCCGUAUCAAGGCCGUGUUCCAGGUCCAGCAUGAGGUCCUGAGCGGCCUGAAGUACCUUCAGGUCGUCAAGCGUAAGGGUAUCAGAGUGAGCAAGGAUGAAGAGAUGCUGGGAAGCUAUGCUCCAAACACUACCGACAAGCCCACUUAUGAGAAGAAAUUCAACGAAGAGGAAGCCCCUUCGGGCAUGAUUGCCCGAGGACACUACAACGCCAUCUCCAAGUUCGUGGACGACGACGACCACACACAUCUUAUGUUCGAGUGGUCUUUCGACAUUGCAAAGGACUGGUAG